AUGCUGUCGAUGAGCCUACUGAUGGAACCACCACGCCUACUGAUGGGACCACCACUCCCACCGAUGGAACCACCACGCCUACUGACGGAAGCACCACUCCCACUGAUGGAAGCACCACUCCCACUGAUGGAAGCACCACCCCAACUGAUGGAAGCACCACCCCAACAAAUGGAAGCACCACCCCGACUGAUGGAACCACUUCUCCUUCGACUGGAGGCAGCACAUCUCCCUCAACUGGUGAUAGCACAAGUCCAGCGGCAGGAUCAUCCGAUACCCCGCCAUCCACUGGAAGUGACGACAGCACCAGCACUAGCACCGGUAACAGAAACAAUAACCGCCGGAAGAGGCGCCAGCGGAAUCAGCGUCGCCGCCAGCGCCGUCAGCGUCGUCAACGGGCUCAGCGCAGGAGAAACCGUAGAAACAACCAGAACAACAGGACCGGCUAGGUCGAUAUAA